AUGGCGACCCACUGUAACCAGGACAGGGUGUUUACGCCUGCGUGUUUCCGCAGCGCUUUACGCGACAUGCGCAUGCGCAAUUCUCCGAUCUCUAUGGAAACGGAUGUAAACAUUUGCAGAGCCGCUGGGUGGGAGACCCUGGUAAAGAUGGCGGAAACAUUAGACAUGGAGAAUGGUAUGAGUGUAGAUAUCCACCUGAACGAACGGAUCCAGGAGCUGACCAGUGCACAGCUCCGGAAGUUACUGGAUGAUAUGAGUAUUUCCACUGAAGCUUUGCAGAUAGAGUCCAAUAUGCUUGAAAAGUAUUAUGAACGUGUGGUGCCCAAAGAAUUGGUCCUACAAGCCCAAACUCAAGCACAGGAGCUUGCCCUGUUGGCACAGGGGCGGUCAAGGCAUCGAUCCAGAUCUCGCAUUGUGCCCAUAGAGCGUCUUUUGACUCUAACAGCAGAGCAAAAGUGCAACAUUGCUUAUAGAGAACUAGAGGAAACAAAAGAGGUGUUAGCAAAGCUGAAGCAUGAUUCAGACCACACAAUUCGGAUUUUACAGGCUACACUUGAGGAAGCUGAAUUUGCGCUGGCUGAAAUAAAAAAAGCAGUCAAUGAGUUUGAACGCGAUAUUGGGACCUUCACACAAGGCAAGAAGGGAAGCACAAUUGUAACAGAGACUCUCUUUAAAUAUUUUGAAGACAAAAUCCAUGCAAAAGAAAUGCUGAUCGAUAAGCUGCAGCUGAAGAAUCACGCAUGGAAGAUGCUGAAGGCUAAACUGCACCAACAGCUCCGACUGAAAGAGGAGGCUGGGGAGGUGCUACGAGAGGUCGACUUUCAUCAGUUGAAGAUUGAAAACAGCCAGUACUUGAAGCAAAUUGAACAGUACAAUCAGGAACUCCUGCAGCUCAAAGUCAUGACAGGGAAAACUCAGUUGGUUCUCAAUUCCUACAAAAGGCAGUUGAACAGAAUGUCAUCAGAGACUAAGCAACUUAGCAGCGAAAUAAAAUCCAGACAAGAACUGCUUAAGAAGAUUGAGCUCGAGACUACAGAAGUGGAAGAAGACAAAGCCAAAGAAGAGGAGCUAAACAGGAAGUUUCGUGACGACAUUUCCAAUUACAGAGUGCCGGACGUCCUUGAAUACGUGCGUGAGACAUGGAAUCGCUUUGACCUAGAGAAGAAAGUGAAAACCUGGGAACGUAAAGUGGAUAUUGCAGAGCUUGCACAUAAAACUUACAGUAAAACCUGGGAGAACAUUAAAAUGUACAAUGAUCAAGAUCAGGACUUGAAUAAAACCAGCACAGAGUGACCAGGGCAUAGAGGGAUUCCUGAAACUGGAACUUAUCACAAACUGGACAAAGGAGAAACACUCACAGGAAUCCAGAGGGAAAAGUUCCCUUAGAAUGAAGAAUUAUUUUAAUCUAGCUGCAAAAGACAGUCAUGCUUUAUGUUGAUAGGCUGGUUGUAUUGUUAUUUCAAAUAAAUAAAGCCAGCCCUUGA